AUGGAGCUCCGCGGGUACCAGCUGGAGGCGGCGGCCCCGGCCCUACGCGGCCGCAACUGCAUCGUCUGGCUGCCCACGGGCGCCGGCAAGACUCGCGUGGCUGCCCACGUCUGCCGGCAGCACCUGCAGAGCCGCAGCGGGGCCAAGGUGGCCUUCCUGGUCAACAAGGUGCAUUUGGUGGACCAACAUGCCCAGAAGGAGUUCCAUGAGCUGCAGAAAGACUUCAAGGUGGCAGCCGUCAGCGGGGAGAGCAGCCACAAGACCUUCUUUGCCGAGGUGGUGAGGCAGAGCGAUGUUGUCAUCUGCACGGCACAGAUCCUGCUGAACGCUCUGGGCAGUGGCCAGGAGGAUACCCACGUGGAGCUGCUGGAUUUCUCGCUGCUGGUGAUUGAUGAGUGCCACCACACCCACAAGGACGCUGUCUACAACAGGAUCAUGCUCAGCUACCUCCAGCGCAAGCUUGGUGGGCAGCAGGACCUGCCUCAGGUCCUGGGCCUGACAGCUUCCCCUGGCACUGGGGGGGCAACCACCCUCAAGGGAGCCAUAGAGCAUAUUCUGCAGAUCUGUGCCAACCUGGACACUGAGGAGAUCUCAUCGGCACAAGAGGAGGUCCAGCAGCUACAGAGCCAAGUGCCCCAGCCCAGGAAGCAGCACGACCUGUGCCAGGAGAGAGUGCAGGACCCCUUUGGUGAGAGGCUGAAGAAGAUGAUGGAGCAGAUCCAGCAGUACAUGGAGAUGCCUGACCUGCCUCAGGACUUUGGCACACAGAUGUACGAGCAGCGCAUUGUGGAGCUGGAGAAAGCAGCGGCAGAGGGGUUCUGCCGCAGGAGGCGGCUGUGUGCCCUGACCCUGCGCAGGUACAACGAUGCACUGCUGGUCAGUGACUCUGUGCGGAUGGUCGAUGCCUUCCAGUGCCUCCAGCAGUUCUAUGCUGACCACGGGGAUGCCAGGGACCCCACCGAACGGUUCCUCAGUGCCAUGUUUGAGGAGAACAGGAGGAGCCUGCAGGCACUCACCAGAGAUCAGCGGUAUGAGAACCCCAGGCUGAGCAAGCUGGAGGAGAUCCUACGGGAGCACUUUCAGCCCCUGGGCACCUCUCGUGGCAUCGUCUUCACCAAGACAAGGCAGAGUGCCCACAGCCUGUUGAGCUGGCUGCAGGACACUGCUGCACUCCAGCACAUCAGGGCUGCCGUCCUCACCGGCGCUGGCUACAGCAACCAGACCAAAGCCAUGACGCAGAAUGAGCAGCAGGACAUCAUCAAGCUGUUCCGUGCAGGAGCCCUCAACCUGCUCUUCUCCACCAGCGUGGCUGAGGAGGGCCUGGAUAUCCCUGAGUGCAACAUUGUGGUCCGCUAUGGGCUGAUGACCAAUGAGAUCGCCAUGAUGCAGGCCCGGGGCCGCGCUCGUGCCAAGGACAGCGUCUACUCUGUUGUCGCCAAAACCCACAGCAGGGAAGUCUCUCGUGAGCUGCUCAACGAGAGCCUGGUGGAGCUCAUGGAGAGGGCGAUCAGAGUGGUGCAGGCCAUGCCCAAGCAGGAAUAUUACCUCAAGAUCAGGGAGCUGCAGCAGGUGGCUGUUGCCAGCUGGCAGCUGAAGGAGGCCAGGCUCAGCCAGCGGCGGCAGCUGCAUGACCCUGGCACCGUUCGUCUGUACUGCGUCAGCUGCGGUGUGGCUGUGUGCCAGGGCAGCGACAUCCGCACUGUGGAGGGCACUCACCAUGUCAACAUCCACCCCAGCUUCGGGCUCUGUUACAGAGUUUCCUCGGGGAAAAUGCACUUCCAGAGGACUUUCAAGGACUGGGAGCCAGGCUGCCGCAUCGCAUGCAGCCAGUGUGGCCAGGACUGGGGCAUGGAGAUGAUCUACCGACAGGUGAAGCUGCCCAUCCUCUCCAUCAAGAACUUCGUGAUGGAGACACCAGCUGAGAGGAAGAGGUACAAGAAGUGGAGCGCUGUGACGUUCCCCAUCGAGGAGUUUGACUACACCGAGUACUGCUGCAGCACCCACAGCCAAUCCUUCUAG